CAAUAAUUAAUUAUAAAUGUAUUUACGUGUUGUUUGUAACUAUAUUUAUUUAUUUAUGGUUACCUUUUUAUAAUUUGCAGGUUUUUGCCGCUCUUCAAAGGACGAAUCCCGGCACAGUCGUUGAGUGGGAAUGGAAGGAUGGGGAAAUGGCUCGUCAUUCUCGAGACAAAGAAUUCAGAUUUGUCUUUUGGGCGUUUGGGCCGGCCAUUCGAACCUUCCAUCUUUGCCCGGCGAUCAUUAGCAUCGACGACACGCACCUGCGAGGUUCGUACAAGGGGAAGCUACUU